AUGUUUGACGGCUGGACCCACGCUGGCAUUCACUAUGUUGCUCUCUACGCCGUCUACGAGACAGCUGGUAAGCUGCGCAUACCGCUACUUGGUAUUUCUCCCCUUGAAGAUGGCGAUCAGACGGCAGACGCCCACAUCAAGCUGCUCAAGAACAUCCUGGAUGUGUACGACAAGACCAGCGACAUGGUGGGGUUUCUGGUGGAGGACAACUGCGCAACUAACCAGUCCAUUGCAACCAAGAUGGGUAUCCCCCUCGUCGGCUGCGAGAGUCAUCGUUUCAACCUGGCUGUGAACAAGUUCAUGGAGCCGUAUGGCGAUUUACUGGACGAAGUCAACAACCUUCUGGUGGAACUUCGUCAUGAAAACAACCGUGCCGAGCUGAAGAAGUACACCGAUCUCGUCCCUAUCAAGCGGAACGUCACGCGUUGGUCCUCGACGUUUACAAUGGUGGAGAGGUACAUUCGUAUUCACGCAGAGAUCAAGAAGGUCGACGCCGUGGAGGAAAUAGUCCCAACCGGCGGGAAGCACCGGAAGUUGGUCGCGCUGUUUGAGCACCUCAAGAAGUUCGAGAACGUCUGUAAGCGACUUCAGCGCGAGGACACCGAUAUGGGAGAGGUACGCCUGAUGGUCGACUCCCUCAUCGCGGAGUACCCUGUCAUGUCAGAGACUCUGAAGUCGACCGCCAAGAUCGUCCAUACGCCUGCAUUCGAAUCGGGUGUUGUCAAGGUCAUCUCUGGCACGGCUCUAUCGCCCGCGGAGACAGCAGCUUUGAAGCGGUUCGAGCAGGCACAACCCACAGGAAAGAAGCGCAAGGAGCGGGAAGAAGACUACGCGACGAUGUUGCUCCAAGGCAAGGGAAAGAAGAGGAAACAAGCGCCAAGUACCACACGUUACAUGCCGCUCGUGAAAAUGGUUCCUCCGACGUCAAACACGGUCGAGCGGAUUUUCUCUCAGUACAAGCUGGUAUUGACACCGCAGCGUCGAUCUAUGCUUCCGGCCAACUUCGAGCAGCUGGCGUUUCUCCGGGUCAACCACGGCAUGUGGGACGUUUCCACAGUAGCCCGAGUUAGCAAGCAGCAGGGUAGCUAA